AUGGAGUCUCAUUGGAAUACCUAUUUCGAAGAAACACGAUCGGGAGAUUAUCGUUUUAUAGGUUGUUACCAUUAUCGUUUACAACAAGAUGACUUCUCAUUUUCCUUUCAGAAGGAGUUUAACAGACUAAAAAAGAAACUUGAUAAUAUUGUGAAGAAUGGAUCAGAUGAAAUGAGGAAUAGUGCUAAACAGCUGAUUAAUAGUUUUAAAGAAAAUGGAACUCACACAACUACAGUCGCAUCUUACGUACAUCGGGAAUAUUUCAUGGAUGUUGAUGCAAUUUGGCGAAAAAUUGAAUUACACGAAGAGUUACAGCAUAUUGAGGAAGAAGCUUCCAGAUCAAUUAUGUAUGAUACGAAAAAAGUUAUCAAUACUACUAUUGAAAAUGCUUGUUCUACAAUUAGGAAUAUUAAUAAUAGACUGGUUAAUCUAAGAAAACGUGCAAAAAAUCAACCUGAUUCUGAAGACAUCAAGCGAGUCAAUGCAAUCAUUGAUGAUGAGCGAGCAAUCGAUGAAUACGAAGAAUUUAAUACUGAAAAAGCAGAGGAAGUAGAUAGUUCAAAUUAUUUCGAGGAGGCAAAAACAUUUAACGUCUCAUUUGACGAGUAUAUUGACUCAACUGUAAACAUACAAGAUGAAAGUGAGAUAGCUGAGUCAAGUGUUGAGGAUGAGGAAAUAAAAUUUGAUCUUAAUGAUAUUUGA